UUCCUAAAGCGAUAUUAUCCCAUACUAAACUUUAUCGUAGUACCUAUUUAAUUUAUUGACCCAUUGACUCUUGUGGAAAUAUGAUUCACCCACUGUACUAUGAAAUCGAUUAAACAAUUCCCAGAAAUGUUAAAUUAAGCUGUUUUAAAGAAGGUAUGUCAGCUGGUCUCCCAAUUAAAAUUCUGCUGCUGUUAGAUUUUUAUUCCUCUUCUCCUUCGAACCCACUUUACCAAUUCGAAGAAGUCAAUAUUGAUGGCGGAAGAAGAGAAAUCAGUGCAAGAGGAGCUUUCACUUCCAAUUCUACUUGCUGACAGAGUAAUUAAAUCAGCCCAAGAAGCUGAAUCAUCCAAAGUGGAAUGUGCGGAACUGGCUCGCCACGCUACUCAGCUCAGCCAAUUCCUCCGAGCCACAGUUCGCCUUACCAGUUCAUCCCAAUCCCAGUCCCUUUACGAUCGGCCCAUCCGCCGUAUAACUUCUGAAGUUACCAAAACUCUGGACCGGUCCCUUACUCUUGUUCGCAAGUGUCGUCACAAGCCCAAUCUCCUCCGCCAUGUACUCGCCAUCACUUCUACUGCAGACUUCCGGAAAGUCUCUGCCCUUCUAGAAAAUUCCACGGCCGACGUCUCGUGGCUGCUCUCCAUUUUCGACCCGGAUGCGGGCCCCGCUCUUUCCCUUCCCCCUAUUGCCAGCAACGAUCCUAUUAUGGCUUGGGUUUGGUCUUACAUCGCUACUGUUCAAAUGGGUAAUCUCCAGUACCGUAUUGACGCUGCUCAGGAAUUAGCUAACUUAGCUCGCGAUAAUGACCGCAACAAGAAAAUGAUUGUUGAAGAAAACGGAAUUCCUCCUUUGCUGAAGCUGCUCAAGGAAACCACUUCAGCAGAAGCACAAAUUGCUGCAGCAACUGCUUUGUACAACUUGGCUGACGAUGAGGAAAGAGUGCGGGCGAUAGCGAAUGAUCUCGGUGUUCAAAUUGUUGUAAAGGUGCUUGCGGAAGCGCCCAUGAGAGUUCAAAUUCACGUUGCGAAUUUGGUCUCAAGAAUGGCUGAUUUGGACGCGUACGCGCAGGAAGAAUUUGGGAGAGAGAAUAUAACUAGGCCGUUGGUGACCCUUUUAGGAAUGGAUGUAGUUUUGGAUGAUAACAGGGAAUCGCAGCCACAUAAGACUCCUAGUUUACAUUCUUUAGUUCAAAUAAAUAAGGAGAUGGCUCGGAAUAAUUUUAGUUUUCAUUCUAAUUCAAUGGAUGGGAGUAGUAGGGGUGGACAUUAUGGUAAUAAGAAAGAGAAAGAUAGAGAAUUGGAGCCCCCUGAGGUGAAAGCUAGGCUUAAGAUAAGCUGUGCAAUGGCACUGUGGAAAUUGGCUAAAGGUAGUUUGUUAAAUAGCAGGAAGAUUACUGAGAUUAAGGCUUUGCUUUGUUUUGCAAAGAUUAUUGAGAAGGAGAAGGGGGAUUUGCAGAUUAAUUGUCUGAUGACAGUGAUGGAAUUGGCUGCAGUGGCCGAGUCUAAUGCUGAACUUAGACGAGUGGCGUUCAAGCCUACAUCACCUGCUGGAAAGGCGGUUAUUGAUCAGCUAUUGAGGGUGAUAAAUGAGGAAACCAGCGCUCCAUUGGUGAUUCCGGCUAUUAAGGCAAUUGGGUUGUUGGCUAGGACAUUUCCUGCAAAGGACACACGAAUCAUUGAGCAUAUAGUGGCUAAACUUGGGCAUAGAAAUACUGAUGUAGCUGUGGAAGCAUGUAUUGCUUUGGAGAAAUUCGCAUGUCCGGACAAUUUUAAUCGCAUGGAGCAUUCCAAGGCAAUUGUUGAAUUUGAUGGAGUACCAAAGUUGAUGAAUUUGCUGAGGAGCAAUGACCGAGGACAGGUACACGAGCUUCUAUUGCUCUGCUACCUUGCUUUACAUGUUGGUAAUAGUAAGGCCCUUGAGCAAGCAAGAGCAUUAAGCUUCCUUGAGGGAGCUGCUCGUCAUGUAGUUUCCCAGCGUCCUGAUUUGAAGGAGUUGUUUGCCAAAGCGAUCCACCAUCUUGCACUUUAUCAAGCUGGAGGUCAUACACAUAGACAAGUUUAAUGUUUCAUCGUUGGGAUUCCUAUCCAACCAGAAUGUCCAUGUUUCUCGAAUAAUCAGGUUUGAAGCACUGUCCCGACAAAAGUCCUAUUUAUUAUUCCUGCAGAAUUUUCAGCUUCAACAUUUGAAGAUUGCUAUGUGAAACUGAUGUGCAUUGGCAGCAUUGUACAGAUCAGGAAUUAUCAAACUUACACAAAUGUUACAUUGUUUAUCUAAAGGUUGUCUACAGUCUUGAAGGUCACUUAGGUUAACUUGCUGAUUCUGCUUUACUAAGAUAUUAGAAGAACCAAAAUAAAUCUUGAUUGCUAACAAAAACAGUUCUUUUUGUACUUGGUCUGAGAAAGGGAAUCACAGUUCUAGAAUAAAUCUAAGCCGUUCAAUAUCAUCAUUCUAGUGCUCUAAUUAUCUCCAGGCCAAAUAUGUAAAGUAUCUGGCAGAUGUUAAUAUAUUUUUGGCCAUCA